AUGUCGUCUGAAGAUCCAAAAGUUGUGGCUCACGAGACAGAGUCUCUCCGCAAGGUUGCGUUCUUCGGAAUCGCCGUCUCGACCAUCGCCACCCUCACCGCCAUCGUUGCCGUGCCAAUGCUCUACAACUACAUGCAACACGUUCAGUCUCAACUCCAGGCCGAGGUUGAGUUCUGCACCCACCGAUCUAACGGACUCUGGGAUGAGUACAGCAGAUUCGAGGGAUUGACCGGAGUUGCUGGACGCAUCAAGCGUGACGCCUAUCACAGACGCGCCGCUGGAGUCAGCGGAAUCCACAGAAAGAUCCGCAGACAAUCGUACGGAGGAGACGCCGGAGUCGGAGGAUUCCAAGGAUCUGCCGGAGGAAGCUGCUGCUCGUGCGGAGUCGGAGCCGCUGGACCAGCUGGAGCCCCAGGACAAGACGGAGCCCCAGGAAACGACGGACAGCCAGGAGCCCCAGGACAGCCAGGACAAGACGCCACCGAGGACCAGACCGCUGGACCAGACAGCUUCUGCUUCGACUGCCCAGCCGGACCACCAGGACCAGCCGGACCAGCUGGACCAAAGGGACCAUCAGGAAACCCAGGAGCCCCAGGACAAUCCGGAGGAAACGCCCUUCCAGGACCACCAGGACCACCAGGACCACAGGGACCACCAGGACAGCCAGGACAUCCAGGAAACGCCGGAGCCCCAGGAGCCCCAGGACAGGUCGUCGAUGUUCCAGGAACCCCAGGACCAGCCGGACCACCAGGACCACCAGGACCAGCCGGAGCCCCAGGACAGCCAGGAGCCCCAGGAAGCGCUCAGCCAGGACAGCCAGGACCACAGGGAGACGCCGGAGCACCAGGAGCUCCAGGAGCCCCAGGACAGCCAGGAGCCCCAGGACAAGACGGAGGAGCCGGAAGCGAGGGAGCUUGCGACCACUGCCCACCACCACGUACCGCCCCAGGAUAUUAA